GAACGAGCAAGGAUCUGUUUGAUGCUUUUCCUGCCAUCCUGCUCGUUAUUGAAGAUAAAAGCCAGCUAUACUAAGUGUUUGCGUUGAAGAAGGAUCUCGAAUUUCAAGCUUCAAUGAAUGAUGUCUUCAUAGCUCCUUGGUUGAGGUGUUUGCUAGUAUGGACUUUAACAAUAAUGGUGUUGGUGUUAAUCUGUUAUGACUGGGUUGAGGGCUCAGAAAUACAGGAUCCCAUCAUUUGGGGGCAUUGACUGUGGAUUGGUUGGUUGACAUUAGUUCACUGGAGGGAGGAGAGGCUGACUGGAAGUUGGUAGGGGAACGAACCCAGACUCCGUGUGUAGAUUCUGCUCCUUUACAAGUAAACUAUCCAUAGCUAUAGCUGGGUGAAGUCUCUGGUAAAUCCCAGAGUUAUGACCUGCCUAUCUUUCUUAUGCGGUAGAAAAGUGGAUCCAACAACUAGACCUUCUGGGUUCCAAGAUGAGCUCUCCGGAGUGCACAAUGUUAAUCUUUACUCAUACAGGGAGCUGAGACUCGCUACUGAUGACUUUAGUCCAGAGAAUAAAGUUGGUGAGGGUGGAUUUGGUUGUGUCUAUAAGGGAAAACUUAAGAAUGGGCAGGUCGCUGCCAUUAAGGUUCUCUCCUCUCACUCAAGACAAGGUAUAAGAGAGUUCCUGACAGAGAUUCAAGUGAUUACAGAUAUAGAGCAUGAAAAUUUAGUGAAGCUCUAUGGUUGUUGUGUGGAAGGGAAUCACAGAAUUCUUGUCUACAACUACCUAGAGAAUAACAGCCUAGCACGAACACUUCUUGGUGGAAGUCAAAGUGGUAUCUACUUCAACUGGCCAACACGAGUUAAAAUUUGCAUUGGAAUUGCAAGUGGGCUUGCCUAUCUUCACAAGGAAGUAAGACCGCAUAUUAUCCACCGAGACAUCAAAGCAAGCAAUAUUCUUCUUGACAAAGAUUUGACCCCAAAAAUUUCAGAUUUUGGUCUUGCCAAGCUCAUACCACCGAACGUGACGCAUGUCAGUACACGUGUUGCGGGAACCGUAGGUUAUUUGGCACCAGAAUAUGCAAUAACAGGCCAGGUGACACGGCGGGUUGAUAUUUACAGUUUUGGCAUCCUUCUAAUUGAAAUAGUCAGCGGGAGAUCCAAUAACAAUACACGACUACCCAUGGAUGAACAGUAUAUCCUUGAAAGGACAUGGCAACUUUACGAGAGAAACGAGCUGGUGUUGCUGGUAGACGCAACGCUGAAUGGAGAUUUUGAUGCUGAACAGGCUUGCAGAUUCUUGAAGAUCGGUCUGCUCUGCACCCAAGACUCUCCAAUGCUUCGGCCCUCCAUGUCAACCGUUGUUGAAAUACUUUCCGGCAAGAAAGACUUUGAUGAAAGCACAAUAACAAAACCGGGAUUAAUAACAGACUUCAGGGACUUAAAGAUCAAAAGCAACCCCAAACCACAGCACCACCUUUAUCAUACAUCUUCCAAUCAAAACUCCUCAGGCUCCGACACUUUGGACAAUAUGACAUCGACUUCACCGUCUUCUUCUCGGGCUACCAUGACAUUUACUGCCAUAUGCGAUCGAAGCGGGUGAGGUGAGGAGAAGAGUUUUGCGGUGGAUGGGGAGGGAUUUUGUAAUUUUUAGGAAAAGAUAUUGUUACUGCAUAGUUUUUGUGUCAUUUUAGUUGGGGGUUGUCUAUAUUGUUUUGCUGCCUUUUGUUUGUUUUCUUCUUCCUGAUUUUGUUUGAAGCUUGAACUUGUAAUAUUUGGGCAUCCUGGGAAACUCAGGAACACGAAUAGCCAUGUAAAUGCAGUCACACUGUCAAAUGAAAAAGUAUUCAAGAGAAUCCAGCCAAAUUCUUUCUUACA